AUGUUCGCACUCGCAGCCCGAAAUGCCCUCGCUGGCCCCUCACGAUUACCCCUCCCACUCCGCCUUCCUCUCCCCGCCCCCCUCGCACAUCUCGCUCCCACUUCCGUCUCCCUAUCAAUACCAUCCCGCACCUUCUCAGCCUCUGCACCAGCAGCCGACAAGCUCAAAUCCCACUCGGGGACCAAGAAGCGGUUCUUCCGUACCGCUUCAGGACUGUUCAAACGCGCUCAAGCGGGGAAACGACAUCUGAAUACCCUCUUCUCGGCGUCUAGGAUAAAUAGGCUAGGGAAGACGCGGUAUGCGAGUCCGACGCAGGCCAAGAUGUUGCAGAAGUUAUUGCCUUAUGCCUAG